GCCGUGUCUACAAAAAGAGAUCAUGAGACUCUGAAGCAGAGUUUAGCUGAUGUUGGGCAGGUCACCUGCUCAUCAUAGCUCUGAUUGCAGAGUUCCCUAAUCCCAAACCAUGAACCACUCCAGAUGGACUGAAUGGAGGACUCUGAACAUGAGCAGUAGCAUUGUGAAUGUAUCUGAGCAUCUCUCUUGUCCGUUAGGAUUUGGCCACUACAAUGCAGUCGACAUCUGCAUCCUUGAGACAAUCGUUAUUGUUUUGCUAACAUUUUUAAUUAUUGCUGGUAAUUUAACUGUAAUAUUUGUCUUUCACUGUGCUCCGCUUUUACAUCAUUAUACCACCAGCUAUUUUAUUCAGACCAUGGCCUAUGCUGAUCUUUUUGUUGGAGUUAGCUGCCUGGUUCCUACAUUAUCAUUGCUUCACUACUCUACAGGUGUCCAUGAGUCCUUGACUUGUCAGGUUUUUGGAUAUAUCAUCUCUGUGCUGAAGAGUGUCUCCAUGGCAUGUCUUGCUUGCAUCAGUGUUGACCGCUAUCUUGCUAUUACAAAACCUCUCUCCUAUAAUCAACUGGUCACUCCUUGUCGCUUGAGAAUCUGUAUCAUUUUGAUCUGGAUAUACUCUUGUCUGAUCUUCUUACCUUCCUUUUUUGGUUGGGGAAAACCUGGUUACCAUGGUGAUAUUUUUGAAUGGUGUGCUAUCUCCUGGCUCACCAAUGCUUAUUUUACUGGCUUUAUUGUGUGCUUACUAUAUGCUCCAGCUGCUUUGGUAAUCUGCUUCACAUAUUUCCACAUCUUCAAAAUUUGCCGGCAGCACACCAAAGAGAUAAAUGACCGGAGAGCUCGUUUUCCUAGCCAUGAAGUGGAUGCUGCUGGAGAGACUGGGCACAGCCCUGACCGCCGCUAUGCCAUGGUUUUAUUUCGGAUAACCAGUGUGUUUUACAUGCUUUGGCUCCCCUAUAUCAUAUACUUUCUGCUGGAGAGCUCUAGGGUGCUGGAUAAUCCAGCACUUUCCUUCUUAACAACAUGGCUUGCUAUAAGCAAUAGUUUCUGCAACUGUGUGAUAUAUAGCCUCUCCAACAGUGUUUUCAGGCUGGGACUCCGGAGACUGUCAGAGACAAUAUGUUCAUCUUGUAUGUGUUUAAAAGACAAGGAUGUACGGGACCCCAAACCUAGAAAACGGGCUAAUUCCUGCUCCAUUUAAAGAAAACUGGGACAACUAAUGAAAUGCAAUCUGACACUGAGUUUGGAUAGCAUUUGAUACAUCUGGAAAUUUGCCACAACAGAAAUAUUUACUUGAAUAGCUCCUAUGACAUGAGAUGUGGGUUUGGAAGUGAUUCGUAAUAAAGGAAAAGGUUGUUAUUAAAGGGCACUGAAAGGGUACACAAAUUAUUUUGAAUAUGGAUCGUGUGAAAUUGUGUGGUGGUAUGACAGAAAUUUAACAGAAGAUGAAAGAAAUCAAUAUCUCAUAUCUUCCGCAAGGCAUGAAAUAACAGGCACUUCAAAGCAGGCCCCCCUUAGGAUAAAUUAGUGACUUAUUAAUUUUUUUUUCCUUGUAGAAAAAUUGUCAUAUAUGUGGCAAGAUAUACAGUAGUCUCUCGCAUUAAAAUAAACUUUUUUAAACACAGUGGGUGGCUCUUCAUAAAUGAUAUCAACAGAGGGUGCAUAAUAAAUGUUGGAAUGUAACAAUCAGCUGCACAUAGUCUUUGCUUGUGUUUUGUACUAUUUUCAGUUGUACAAAUAUCCUCUAAACCCCUCCCCCCGGACCCCCCAUACAAAUUAAAGAAACGGAUGGGUACACUUUUUGGAUAAAGUUAAAGUUUUAUUUUUUUGCAUUUCUAGUGCAGCUUCCACAAAGCCUGCUUCCCCCGACCCCCCCAUUUCCAUUUUUUACAUG